GCUCCCCGUUUUAGGCGAGACAGGAGGAAGCGCUGGGGGAAGGGUGGCAGGGUGGCAGGGCAACACACACACACACACUCACACAUACACACACACACACACGCACACACACGCACACGCACACACACACACCCACACACACACACACACACACGUAUAUACACGCACACACACGCACACACACUAAUCUAUCAGCACGUCCUGCUCCGGGAGAUCAUUGUGAAUGAACCCGUGCGGAGCGCAGAGGAGAAACCGUGGUGCGAUACCGCAGGAUGUGGCCCGGGGCCUGACGACGGAGCGGUCAUUGGGACUGGGACGAGGCUAAAAUGGCGUGAGAGGAGGUUUAGUGGAGGCUAGAGGCCGACGCUGACAGCGAGCUGCCGGACCCCCUGCCGGUCCUCCUGGCGGCUGAGCUCCCGGCGUCCCGUUACUCCCAAGCCGCUCCAUGCAGGACAGAUCGCCUGCGAGUGGCUCCACGAACACCCAAUCCAAUGUUAUUUGCUCCUGCAACUGCACCGGAACCCAGCCACAGGGCAUGGAUAUAUCUGAACUGGAGUUUGUUCAGAUAAUAAUUAUCCUGGUGGUUAUGAUGGUAAUGGUGGUGGUGAUCAUCUGCCUUCUCAACCACUACCGGCUCUCUGCCCUGGCCUUCCUGAGCCGACACAGCCGAGCCCGGCACCAAGGCCACCGCCAACAGGCUACGCAGCUGGUGAUGUACGGGCCCCAGGGCACCCAGGAGCGGCUGGUCUGCAACCCGCCCGCCUACACACAGCAGCAGAACCAGCACCUCUGCCGCUUCCAGCCCACCUACCCCUACCUGCAGCAGGACAUCAUCAACCUGCCGCCGUCCAUCUCCCUGUCUGACGGCGAGGAGCUGCCCCCCUACAAGGGCCCCUGCACCCUGAAGCUGCGGGACCCCGAGCAGCAGCUGGAGCUGAGCCGGGCCUCGGUGCGCGCGCCGCCCAACCGGACUGUCUAUGACAGGAACUUCAUCGACAUUUAUGUCGGCCGCGGGCCGAGUUUCACCUCCGGAGUCGGCGGUGCGAACACUGGGACGGAGAGCCCACCACCCACCUACAGCGAGGUGAUGGGACACUACAGGGGCAGCGCAGCGUUUUACAGCCAGUACAGCAAUAACACCGCCUCACUGCUCGACUGCGGGUCGGACUCGGGUAGCUUGUGGCUUGAGCGUCAGGCUGGCAGAAGGGAGAGUGAAAGCACAGCAGCGCCCUCUGGUGGUGAAAGCAAGCGGAAGCGGCAAGGGGGAGGAGAGGCGGAAGUGAGGAAAGUCCCGUGAGGCUUCGCGGGGCCACAUCUGCAGAACCCCCCCACGAAGGGUUAACUCGUCAUAUGUUUUUUAUUGAGCUGCAGUACAUUUUUUUGUAUACUCAAUGUAUGUUGCAGACAAUCCACUGCGAAUCCACUCUCGUCCACACAUACAAACAAAAAAGUAAUGGUUCAUGAUUUUUCAUAUAUAUUGAGCUGAAAAGACCCACAUUUAUGCCAGAAUUUUACACCAUAAUAGGUUUGGAAAAGAAGCCAAUUUGAACUUGCACUAACUCACUGUUUAAAUGCAGAGAAUAAUUCUUUGAUGUUUUUUCCUCUUUGUAUUUGAGUUGGUCUCCUUGUUUUUUUAAUAGUCAAUGCAGGACAUUAAAAUAUUAUUUUCAGUACCGACAAAGCCCAAACCCAGGCGUGGGGGGAGUUCACCUCAGUCGGAGGAGAACCCGGGUCCGAAUCGUACUGACAAAAGGCCAAAAAGUCCUCCUGAAAUGGGCUGCUUGUCAGGGCAGCCCCUGCAGCGAUAUGGGCAUGACUCCGGGCCAGAGGGGUGAAGACAGAAUCAGUUCUAUGGUCAGGAGAAGACAGAAGCCAGCUCUAUGGUAAGAAGAAGCCUCAUCUGCAGGGUAGUGGAGACAGAAGCCAGCUCUGUGGUCAGAAGAAGCUUAAUCUGCAGGGUAGUGGAGACAGAAGCCAGCUCUAUGGUUCGAAGAAGCCUCAUCUGCAGGGUGGUGUAGACAGAAGCCAGCUCUGUGGUCAGAAGAAGCUUCAUCUACAGGGUAAUCGGUCCCCGUCUUUCUCUGGGAUCUGGAAGGGUCAACGCCAAUAGAGCCACAACUUCAGCAGGGUCUGGGCAGAGUGGCCAGGAUAUCGGGGAUAUUCCAUGAUGCAAUGGAGGGAUGUUAUAUGGGGCUUACGAGAGUGUCAAAGACAGCUCCAUCUAGCCUGCGGUUAUACCACCCAAUAUACAAAGGCUUAAGGCUGGACGGGGCAGAUCUCAAACCCUGCUAAAGGAACACAAGGUCAACAAUUAUGAAUGCCCACUUUUUUCUUCUGUUUCCUGAGACCUUCACUUCCUGUCCACCUGUCCUUUGGCCUUCACUUCCUGUCCACCUGUCCUUUGACCUUCACUUCCUGUCCACCUGUCCUUCACUUCCUGUCCACCUGUCCUUUGGCCCUGUUCCCCUACAGUAGCACUUUAUGUGUCUGCCAGGUCACGGCUCCAGUGGCUUCAGAGCAGGCAAUUCAUGGAGAUUGGUUUAAAUAGGGAGCACUUACUUUGUAUUUCUCAUCCCUCCCUUUAGUUUGAAAAUACCUCAUUUCAAAAGGGGACUCUUAAACCGGUGCAUACUCGUGUCCAGGGGGGUAAAUUGAAUGACUUACAGUAAACUGCACUUAAGGCAUGAUUCAAUGUUAAUAUAGAGAGCAAAGGCAUAUGAUAAUUAUACAUGCAUCUAGGACCGGGUCAUUGUUGUGAAGCCAUACUUGCCAUUGCGCAUUUUCAAUUCACCCUUUAUUUAUUCUUAUUUAUUUGAUGUUUCACAUUGGAGGACGUUUUUUUUUUAAGGUUUUCUUUGUAUUUUUACUCUGCCAUUAACAAUCAUUAACAGGCAACUAACAUUACACAACAAAAUCACCUUGAGAUUGGGCUUCCCUUGGCAUACAUGAACAUAGCGAUGAACACCGGUUAAAUAGGCUUUUAUGAACGGUAGAAGAAAUUUAAAGCCCGAGUGUCGACGACCAACCCUCAUCCAUUUUAAAUAGUGACUUCUCCCCCAGUUUGCGUUCCUUGGUACUUUUGACGUUAUUCCUCUCUCACUGUGGGCUGUCCCUGCCGUUGGAGAGACCGAACCACCGUACUGCUGCUCGCACCUCCCGCUGGGCGCGCGACCUGCCCUCCGCUCUUCAGUACUGCUGCUGCUACCUUUCGCUGCUACUGCUGUUUGCUGUCAAUUGCUGUAACAUCAGUGACACUUUUGAGUUCUCCGACCUGAAGACUCGUCAUUCUUUCUACACGUCCCGUUGUUAACCUCCCCUGGGUUUGCAUGUUUAUAAGCCUACGUGAACUGAUGCGACAUCGAAGCAGCCACAGGAGACCACUUGCACUCCAAACAGUCCGAUCCUUAGCGUGCCUCACUUCCAAUGGUGCUUGUUUUUUCCAGUGGUCUGUUUAUUUGUACAAUGCUGUAUAUAACUUUAAUAUAUUAAUAUAUUAUGCACAGAUCCUACCCAAUGGGUAGAAAAAGCCCAUAUGAGAAGCAUUGUUAAUACUGUAACAUAACAUAAAAGAUUAUAUAUAAAAACUAAUUGUGAGCUCAGCAGUGUUUUUACUUAUGCCUACAAAAUGUUGCUUUGUCUUUUUAGAAAGAAAAAUAAAGAUGCUUACACAUUAA